UUUAUUUCUUUCUUCAGCAGAUUGAUUUACGCUCGUGUGAAAUACCUCAAGAUGGGCGGAAGGCGACUAUGGGUGUCGCUUGCUACCUUGGCGCUGUUAGCAGUUUUGGCCACGGAAAGGAUGCACUUGUCAGAAACCGUCGUCAAUCUGGUGGUGGUCGACCUGGAGGUGGUGGAGGAGGACGUCCUGGAGCGAGUGGAGGUGCUGGUGGAGGAGGAGGGCACCCACGAGGUGGUGGACCAGGACAAGGAAAUGGUGGAUUUGGAGAACCAGGUGGAGGUCAUGGCGGUGGAUUGGGAGGACCAGGUGGAGGUCAUGGCGGUGACUUUGGAGGUCAUGGGGGUGACUUUGGGGGUCAUGGGCAUGGUCAUGAACAUGAACACGGUCAUGGUCAUGGACAUGGACAUGGUCAUGGACAUGGACAUGGUCAUGGACAUGAACACGGUCAUGGUCAUGGUCUUGGUCAUUGAUGAAGACCUGGGUUUGGAGGUCCUGGCAGACCAAGGCCAGGAUUUGGAGGACCUGGCAGACCUGGAGUGGCACCCGGAAGACCUGGUGGCCUCUCUAUCACUGGACCUUUGGGUGGAUCUGUUCCAAUUGGAUUACCCGGGAUCAUUGGUUGACCUCAACCUGACAUCAACUUGCAAAGCAUAUUUUCCGAGCAUAGAACGGGACUUGAGGCCAACUCCUCCAAUAUAUUUCAAGAAGUUCCAAAUGGUGCCAGAAUACCUUUGCCUUACCUUAAAGGAAAAAGUCGACAGGGAACCCGCGCCCCGGAAACUAUACGGGACAAGAGAAGGCCUUGAGCACGUUCAAGAAAAGCUAGACGGCGGGUCCAGUCCUGUCCAAAAGGUCAGUGCACCUGACAAAAAGACCGCCACUUUAUGGAUCAUCGUUGCCAUCGAGUGGGUUUCUUGUCAGUCUGCUGGUUGCCGUCCUGACGGAAAACCAAAUACAGUAACAACACCAAACCCU